CCACACCCCACACCGCACACCAUGGUCUCCCAACUCAGCCGCGCUCUCUGGAUUACGUGCUGCUGCUGCAUCCCUCUGCUCGCCGCCGUUCUUGCAGAUCUGACUCGGGCUGCAAGAGAAGUUGUUUUGCUGGAUUCCAAAGCGCAGCAGACCAAUUUGGAGUGGAUCUCGUCUCCUUCUGAUGGGUGGGAAGAGAUCAGUGGAGUAGACGAGAACUACAUCCCCAUACGCACGUACCAGGUGUGCCGAGUAAUGGAACCUAAUCAGAACAACUGGCUGCGGACGAACUGGAUAGCACGAGGGACUGCUCAGAGGAUAUUUGUGGAAAUGAAGUUCACCCUAAGGGAUUGUAAUAGCAUUCCUGGAGUACUGGGGAUAUGCAAAGAGACAUUUAACCUAUAUUACUUUGAGACAGACUCAGGAACUGGCAGGGGUAUUAAGGAAAGUCAGUAUCUCAAAAUAGACACUAUUGCAGCAGAUGAAAGUUUUACUCAAGGGGACCUUGGGGAACGUGUAAUGAAGCUCAACACUGAGGUACGUGAAAUUGGGCCUUUGUUGAAAAAAGGAUUCUACUUGGCUUUCCAGGAUGUGGGCGCCUGCAUUGCCCUGGUGUCCGUGCGUGUAUACUAUAAAAAAUGUUGGCCCAUUAUCGAGAAUUUGGCGGUUUUCCCGGACACAGUGACGGGAUCGGAGUUUUCAUCCCUGGUGGAGGUCAGAGGCACAUGUGUCACUGACGCCGAGGAGGAGGCAGACAACCUUCCUAAGAUGCACUGCAGUGCCGAGGGCGAGUGGCUGGUUCCCAUCGGGAAGUGUAUCUGCAAAUCGGGGUUUCAACAGAAGGGAGAUGAGUGCGAAGCUUGUGGCCGGGGAUUCUACAAGUCAUGGUCGCAGGAUCUUCAGUGCGCUCGCUGUCCAGCUCACAGUCACACAGAACGGGAAGGCUCUUCACGUUGUGAGUGUGAAGACGGCUACUACAGAGCUUUCACUGACCGUCCCUCAGUACCUUGCACAAGACCUCCUUCUGCACCACAAAACCUAAUUUAUAACAUAAACCAGACGACGGUGAGCCUCGAGUGGAGCCCACCGGCGGACAAUGGGGGUCGGGAUGACGUUACCUACAGAAUCAAUUGUAAGAGGUGCAGCUGGGAGCAGGGUGAGUGCAUGCCCUGUGGCAACAGCAUCAGCUUCAUACCCCAGCAGUCAGGACUGGUGGAGACCUAUGUGACAGUCACAGACCUGCUGGCCCACGCCAACUACACCUUUGAGGUGGAGGCUGUGAACGGAGUUUCAGACCUGAGCCGGACCCAGAGGCUUUUUGCUGCCGUCACCAUUACUACAAGUCAGGCAGCCCCCUCGCAGGUUACCGGUGUAUUGAAGGAUAGAGUGCAGCAGAGGAAUGUCAAUCUCUCCUGGAAGGAACCGGAGCAUCCGAACGGAGUCAUCACGGAAUAUGAAAUCAAGUACUACGAAAAGAAUAUAAAAGAACGCACUUAUUCUACGGUCAAAACUACCUCAACAUCAGUCACUAUUUAUAACCUGAAGCCAGGCAGUGCAUACAUAUUCCAGAUACGAGCCUUCACUGCAGCUGGCUAUGGGAACUAUAGUCCCAGGCUGGAGGUCUUAACCCUUGAGGAAGCUACAGCUACAGCUGCCUCCACCGAGCAGAACCCAGUUAUUAUCAUCGCUGUGGUCGCUGUGGCAGGGACCAUCAUUCUGGUCUUUAUGGUGUUUGGCUUCAUUAUUGGACGAAGGUAUGGAAUUGUGGGGCACACAGUCGUGGAGUACGCGAUAGACGGACACUGUGGCUACAGUAAAGCUGACCAGGAUGGGGAUGAAGAACUGUACUUCCACUUUAAGUUGCCGGGUACAAGAACAUACAUCGAUCCGGAAACCUACGAGGAUCCAAAUCGGGCUGUUCAUCAAUUUGCCAAGGAAUUAGAUGCCUCCUGUAUUAAGAUUGAACGAGUGAUUGGAGCAGGUGAAUUCGGAGAGGUGUGCAGUGGUCGACUGAAGCUCCCAGGAAAGAGGGACACAGCUGUGGCCAUCAAAACACUGAAAGUGGGUUUCACGGAAAAACAGCGAAGAGAUUUUCUCUGUGAAGCGAGCAUCAUGGGGCAGUUUGAUUAUCCAAAUGUGGUGCACUUGGAAGGAGUCGUUACCCGGGGUAAGCCAAUCAUGAUUGUAAUAGAAUACAUGGAGAAUGGAGCACUGGAUUCAUUCCUUCGGAAGCAUGACGGCCAGUUCACCAUCAUCCAGUUAGUGGGAAUGCUGCGUGGGAUAGCUGCUGGCAUGAGGUACCUUGCCGACAUGGGAUACGUGCACAGGGACUUGGCAGCUCGCAACAUCCUGGUCAAUAGCAACUUGGUCUGCAAAGUGUCUGACUUUGGUCUGUCAAGAAUUCUUGAAGAUGAUCCAGAGGCUGUCUACACUGCAACAGUGAGUAAAGUACAAAGUGGUGGUAAAAUUCCAGUGCGAUGGACAGCCCCUGAAGCCAUCCAGUUCCGCAAGUUUACGUCAGCAAGCGACGUGUGGAGUUAUGGAAUAGUCAUGUGGGAAGUGAUGUCUUAUGGAGAACGACCUUACUGGGAUAUGUCCAAUCAGGAUGUUAUAAAGGCUAUUGAUGAGGGCUAUCGUCUCCCUGCUCCUAUGGAUUGUCCACCUGGUCUUCACCAGCUGAUGCUUGACUGCUGGCAGCAGGAACGGAAUGAGAGACCCAAAUUCGAUCAGAUAGUGGGCAUCUUGGACAAAAUGAUCCGCAAUCCAAAUACCCUGAAGGUUCCCCUGGGCUCCUGCAGUAGGCCAAUUAAUCCUCUGCUAGAUCAGAACACUCCCGACUUCACCUCCUUUCGUUGUGUGGGCGACUGGUUAGAGGCCAUCAAGAUGGAACGGUACAAGGAUAACUUCACAGCUGCAGGUUACAGCACGCUGGAGUCUGUGGCCAGGAUGACUAUUGAGGACGUGAUGAGUUUGGGGAUUACACUAGUAGGCCACCAGAAGAAAAUCAUGAGCAGCAUUCAGACUAUGAGAGCCCAGAUGCUGCACUUGCAUGGCACAGGAAUCCAAGUGUAACAGAUGUGUUUCCCUUAGUACAAAGGGAACAGACUUUUACAGAAAUGUGGGGGAAAAAAGAUGCCGUUUGCUGCUAAGUACUGUCUGUACCACCAUUCCUUCCUGAUAAGAAUCAGAGAAUCCAGGGAGAUGUGUAGAGAUGUUCUACAAUAUUCCCCUAGGCCAUCUAAAGAACAAAAAGGACAUAAAUUAGGACACAGUAUUGAUGGUUGGAAUAUGCGCAUUUUGAAGAAACUACUACCUGCAACAUAUAGAACUUUACAUAUACACCCAAAAAAACUGAGCGCUCUAACCUCCUUUUUGUCUACUGGGCUUUUUAAAAGUGUAAAUAUCUGUUACAAAGACUAUAUUUGUCAAAAAAAUCAACACAUUAUGGUUGAUCAAUGAAACUAUUUUCAAGAUUUCUGCUUGCUGACUUAUGUGGUUAUUCAGCCAUCUUCUCAUUAAUAGACUGCAAUAUUGGGUAGAAGCAAAAGAAGGUUACCUCUUUGCCCCGUCUGGGUUUUUAUCAGUCUUUGACCUGCCUCUAUCCGCAUUACCAUAUUUUAUCUGCUUAAUGAUUUAAAGUUAGUUGGUAUUUCAUACAUGGUGCACUUAGGCCCUUUUAAUUGGGUAUGCUUUCCAUUUCACUGCACUUGACCUUCCUAAGACUAUUCAGUGUGAUGAAACCAUUUCUAUAGUUUUCGGUAGAAAGUUUGCCAUUUCCUAAGAAAUUCAUUGAGUUUAUAAGAACCUUUAUAUAAAUAAGCUGGAUUGUGUGUGUAAAAAAAGGGGUAAUAUUUGUCAGAUCACAUUAGAAUUUUCUGGCAUAAAUCCAAUCUAACGGUCCACCGCCAAAUUUGGCUGGAUCGCAUCAAAACCUCCCCUUACCUCAGCCAAAUUGUUCUUCCACUCCGAGAUUAUCCUGGAGGCCAAGGACAACCCCCAGGCUCCUCUUCUCCACCACAAAUUAACUCCUCUGCCCACCCUCCCUCUCCUCAAACUCCAAAUGCCAGGAGACUUUCUCAAGUCAAAAAUCGAUGGGAUCCAGUCUGCUGCCUCUAUCCUUGCUACCACCACUGCCUCCCCACCUACUCCAUGCCCAUCUGGCCUCCAGUUAAUCCCUCCCUCCACACUUUUGACCCCUUUUCCCUUCCCUCAUCUCCAUCAUUUCCCAAAUGAAGCCCACCGUCUGUUCCUUGACCCUACUUGUACACCUUUCCUUAUCUCCCAGCUUGACCUACUUGCCCCAUAAUAACAGACAUUGUCAUCCUCUCUCUGUCCACUAGCUUUAUUCCCACCUACUUAAAAACAGCCGUCAUCAAUCCCAGGCACAAAAAACCUUCACUUGCCUCUGUUCUCUAACUAUGGUCCCAUCUCCAACCUUCCUUUUCUUUUCUUUCCAAGAUUCUGGAAUUAGUUUUCUUCCCAACUUCAGACUUCCUCUCCCUAUAUAAACCCCAUUAAUUGGGUUUCCAUGCUGUCGACAGGAAAGAGGCAGCCUUGGUCAAAGUUAUAAAAGAUAUUCUGUCCAUCUGUGACCAGGGCUGUGUCUGUUUCUUCAUCGUUCUCAAUCUCUCUACAGCCUUCGACACUGUUGACCACUCUAUUCUUCUCCAUUGCCUUUCCACUCAGCUCCACUUUCAUAGUUCAGUCCUUGUCAGUGGUCAGGCCUUCAGCCUUUCUGUCCCAUCCUCUGGACCUUCAUCCCAGAAUCCCUCCAGUUCACCUCCUGCCAUGCCAACUUCAAGGCCUGACAGAAGACCUUUCUCUUUGAUCGUGCCUUCGGUCAUCCUCUCACCCCCUCCG